CACAGUAAAUAAUUUUUGUUGCAUUUGGAAAUGAGUUUUAAUGGAGUCCAGACAAUAACCAGUAGCAUUGUUCUUCAAUAGGGGGGCGGGAAAGGUAACUUUAAAACAGAAGACAAAUUAAGCUUAGUAAUCCACAGGCUGAAAAAGAAAGUUGGGUGUUCUGUUAGAUGCACCAUCCUUGUCCAUCUCAGUGCUGCCCAGUUUCAUUUGUUCCUUAUUUUGCCCCAAAACAUUUAACUGUGUUAAAGUAGUGCUUUAACUGAUUACUGCCUUUGCCUAAUUUAAGGCUGCCUCUCCAUUCAGAAUGAGCUUUCUCCAACAUUACCCCCUGUACUUGGAAUUUCUUUCCUUUUGAUCUUGCCGCUGUGAACCCCCAGCUCUCGCCGUUGGUGAGGAUGGAUGUGUCACUGGAGUGAAAUUGCUCUCAUUGUGGGUUAUUCUUUUCUUACAGCUCUCCCUCCCCUCAUGGCUCGUCGAUCUCAAAGCUCCUCUCAGGGGGACAAUCCCCUCGACCCCAACUAUCUCCCCCCCCAUUACAAGGAGUAUUACCGCUUGGCGCUGGACGUGCUCACUGAAGAGGGCAAAGACAGUUACCAACGCUUCUUGGCAGAGGAAGCUGCCCCUGAUUUUCUCUGCAACUCAGAGGUGGAUCACAUCAUCCAGAAUCUCCAGAAGCCCCAGUACGCCAAUCAGGAGGGCAGCACAGACACCGCAGGUGACAAUGACAUGGAUGGAUCCUCUGGGACUUACUGGCCCAUGAACUCAGACCUUGCUGUUCCUGAGCUUGACCUGGGCUGGCCAAUGGUCUUUGCGUUCAGGGGAACAGAGGUGACGACCCUUGUGCAGCCCCCACCCCCGGACAAUCCCAGCAUCAAGGAGGAGGCUCGCAGAAUGAUCCGGUCUGCCCAGCAGGUGGUGGCCAUAGUGAUGGACACUUUCACUGACGUGGAUCUGCUGUUUGAGGUGUUGGACGCUGCUGCUCGCAGGGUGCCCGUCUACAUCUUGCUGGAUGAGAUGGACUCUCAGCUUUUCCUUGACACAGCUGCUAAAUGCAGAGUCAAUCUGAACUAUGUGGAGUUCCUGAGGGUGAGGACAGUUUCUGGCCCAACCUACUACUGCCGCACAGGGAUGUCCUUCAAAGGCCACGUGAAAGAGAAGUUCCUCUUGGUGGACUGCAUGGUGGUGCUCAGUGGCAACUACAGCUUUAUGUGGUCUUUUGAGAAGAUUCACAGAAGCAUCGCACACAUCUUCCAGGGCGAGCUGGUGGCCAGCUUCGACGAAGAAUUCCGAAUUCUGUUUGCACAGUCAGAACCCCUUGUUCCUCCAGCCAAUGUCUUGGCAAAGGCAGAGAACGCAUUUGCCAUGGCUCCCUUUGGCAGUAACAUGCCCUUCUUUCCAAAAAAAGCCCCCCUGAUGUUCCAGAGGGAUGACAGUCUUUUCCCCUCCUUCAUGGACAGAGUUGAUCCCGACAGAUAUUUCCUGUCAAAUUUCAGGCGGGACGACAUGCUGCGCCACACCGUGGAGGGGUCGGCCAUGCGGAUGUAUAAAAAGGUAGAAAUGGAGAAUUCUCAGAUGGAUCCUGUCAGGGGUUUUCUCCGUUCCAAGCAGUUGGAGUUGGAUGCUUUUAAGAGACACAGUUUUGCAGAAGGAACGUUUGAAAAUUUUGCUUCUUCUAAACAGUAUGCCCGGCAGAUGUUCAUGAACAAUAUGGAUGAAUUUAAAAUCCAGUCUAGUCACUUUCAGAAGGAUCAGUUCUACCAGUACCAGUUUGAACAUCCCCAUCUUCCUGGCAGACCUCAGGGACUCUUUGACAGAAUCCGGGGUGGCAGGCCAGGAUUCAACGAACUGGAAGACUACGGAGAGGGACCCCGAUACCCUGAACUCGAAUCCAAUUUUCCACAGGAGGGUUUCCCCCUGAGGCUGGAUUACGUACCCUCAAAUUCUUCCCGGGAAGUGAGACAUGGCUCUGAUCAGCUGAAUCCCGCAGGCAAUGGCCCAAUGGGAAUGAUGUUAAGGAGGCAGAAUAUAGGACAGAAAUUUAUUUGCCAGACUUCUCCUACCCAGAAACAAAGCCUGGAACAACGCCUGUUCUUACAAGACAAAGAUGAGGACCAAGAUGAAGACAAGAAUACACAGGAAAACAGAACAGGUUUACGUAACUGGAGGAUUUCUUCAUAUCUUAGUGCCUACCAGUCCGAACCAGAAGAAGGUCUCCCAAUGCCUAUGGAAUCAGAGGCAUAUAAUGAUGUUCUUGGUGACACCCUCACAAAGCAGCCCACCGAUCUCAUCCCAGCCUUCAAAUCCCCUUUGUCUUUUAAGCCUCUGGGAAUCGAAAGUGCCAAAGAAUUUGCAGAUCCUGAUAGAGUAGGUGAAGAAACCCCUAUAAUGAAACAAGAUGCCUUUAGGUCCAGAAUAAAUCCUUUGAUCCAGAGGAGCUCGAGACUCAGGUCCUCUCUGAUUUUCAGUGCUGCCAAGUUAGAUCAGCCCAACACCACAAUAGAGAAGGUUCAGAUGAUCCAAAAAGAGCAAAUGUCCAGUGAGUUAACAAAGGACAGUGAAACUAUAAAGACAGCCACCUCAUCAAAAGUGGCAGAACUGUUAGAGAAGUACAAAGCUGUGGGCAAAGACACAGAGCGAGCUACAGUCACUCACACCAAAGCUGUUUCCAGUUACCUACAGGAAGAAUCACAGAACACCGAGAAGAAAUGUACCAAAUCCGUGCAAUAUAAGAUCCUGGAGAGUAGGGUACUGGACUCCAAAGACUCCUGCAGUACAUACAAAAUGCACGGAGAGGCUGACAGAGCAUUCGGAAUGUCCUCAUCAACCCCCCAGCUUCUCGACACAUUGAGUAAAGAUCCCCUUUCACAUAUCAGCACUAAAGUGGACAAAUUAUCAUCUCGGUUUUACCCCAUAGAGAGUAAACCUGCUCUUCCAGAGAAGGAGAGUCUUAUAUUUGUAGGAGACACUCAGAAAUUGACUCUUCCAGAGAAGAAGGAAAGGGUGACAUUCAAAGAAGACACUCAAAAAUUGGUCAAUACAGAAAUGAAGAAGCCACAGAUUAGGACAAGUACCACAUCAGUUCUUGAAAAUUUAUCUAGAAGUCAAGGAUCUGACAGCUCUAUCAAUAAAUCUGAGGAAGACUGUUCAAAACAAGAACAAAAUCCAAUGGAGUUUUUAAGAAAAGGGUCACUGCGGCUGAAGCAGUUUUUGAACCCGAAAGGCGAAAAGAAAUUGGAGGAGGAGGCCACUUCUGAGAGUGGAAAAUCUGAUAAGCAGGCUGUGGUUCUCAAACGAUCCUCUCUAGGGGACUGUCAGGAAAUGAUGGAGGAAGAAAAAACCCAUAAAAUUACAACACCACUUCCUCCCAAAAGCAGCCAGCCAACACAGGGGAGAUUUCCUUCAUCCACUGCUAACAUCCUCUACAGCAGCAACCUCCGAGAUGAUACCAAAGUGAUUUUGGAACAGAUCUCUGCAAACAGUCAGAAGAACAGAGCUGAACUGGCCAAACAGCUGCCAUCCACUAGUAAUCCAGAUCUUUCUAAAUCAACUACGAGCUUGGAAAGGAAAGGUGAGAAGGAGAAAAGCUGUAACAUCCACAGGUCAGAGAGUUUUGGGAGCCAGAAACGAAACCUUCAGCGGCAACCAUCAGAGGAUAGAGAUACUCUUCUGAAAAAAAUGGAGAAUAUGCGGAAGGAGAAGCGAGUCUACAGUAGAUUUGAGGUCUUCUGCAAAAAGGAUGAGCAUACAAGUCCAAGCGAAGAGGAGUAUGACACAGAUGCCAAGGACAAGAAGAUGGGAAAAUUCAUGCCCAAAAUCCUGGGGACCUUCAAGACCAAAAAAUGAUCACCGAAAUACUAUUUAAUUCCAUAUAAUCACUCAUUGGCAAAGGGGAAUGAGGAGGUACCUUGUUUAUGAUGGCUGUAAGCACUGUAGGCAAUACUCUUCCUGGUUAGUGAGUGGAAGUAUGUUCAGCGUUAGACUCCUACAGCACAAUUUGCCCACUAAAGUCAAGUGGUACCAGGCAACCUUAUCACAAUUAUGUUUCAAAUAAAGUUAUUAAAUUGCCAAGAUGCUUAAAACAAAGAAAUAAAGUAAGAGUCUCUUUAUGUUACGCUUAGGGCAUGUUUUCAGCUGACAAAACAAUUCCACUUUCAGAAGGAAAACAUUAAAAAUACAAAAUUCAUUACUGAAUUCAGGAAAGAAAAACACACUCAGACACACAUGUAUGCACAUUAACUGGAAACAGUGUUUAAAAAAUAAAUGUUUCU